AUUGGAUCGAAAGAAAAUGAAGCUAAAGCGAACAGAGAAUAUAGCAACUUUCAAAGAAUAUCACAAUAAGUAAAGACCAUGACAUGUUGUCUUUCAGUGUUGGCACCUUCAACUCUAUAAAUAACAUCACUUCAUCACUCACUUCAUCACUUCAUCACUCACUUGAACUCUAUAGCUUUUCGUUUCUCUCUCUCUCCUGAUAUCUCUACACGUCCAACAGCAAUGGCUAUGGAAAUCUUACUCGUUGUCUUUCUGUUGAGCAACGUUGCCGCCGGAGCUGAAUAUUCCGCCGGCUAUAACAUACGGGAUGAUAAGGUGACAAAUUUGCCGGGACAACCACCGGUAAAAUUUGAUCAUUAUGCUGGUUACGUGAAGCUAAGAGAAGAAGAAGACAAAGCACUAUUUUAUUGGUUUUUUGAAGCUCAAGAGGCUCCGUCGGAUAAACCUCUUGUGCUUUGGCUUAGUGGAGGACCUGGUUGUUCGUCAAUUGCUUUUGGAGCAGCCCAGGAGAUUGGUCCUUUUCUUGUUGAUGGUCAUGAGCGUCUUACGUUCAACAGAUACUCCUGGAACAGAGUUGCCAAUAUCAUAUUCUUGGAAUCACCUAUUAGUGUGGGUUUUUCUUACACUAAUAAUUCCGAAGACUUAAGUAAGCUCGGUGAUCAAGUUGUUGCUCUUGAUAACUAUGCUUUCUUAGUUGGUUGGUUCAAGAGAUUUCCAAGAUUCAAAUCUCAUGAAUUUUACAUCGUAGGAGAGAGCUAUGGAGGACAUUAUGCUCCUCAGCUGGCCGAGGUCAUACAUGAAGGAAACAGGAACGGCCCUUACAUAAAUCUGAAGGGAUUCAUGGUAGGAAAUGCUGUGAUUAACUAUGUCACAGAUUUAAAAGGCGUGUUUGAUUUUGCUCUGUGUCAUGCCAUCAUUACAAAGCAAGUAUAUGAUGGCAUAAGAGAGACGUGCGAUUUCACGAGAAAGGAGCAGACGAAGGAAUGUAGCCAGAACGUGGGCAACUUUCUAGAGGCCUAUACUGAUAUAAAUAUAUUCAGUAUCUACUCUCCUGUCUGUCCGGCUGACUAUGACAAACCACUUUCAGACACGCCUAAUGUUGCUCCGUAUGCUGUCUCUGAAUUUGAUAUCUGGAAUAUGAUGCCGUCAACGGGAUACGAUCCAUGUGAAGUAAUUCACGUGCAGAAGUAUUUCAAUAAGAUGGACGUCCAGAAGGCCAUUCAUGCAUACCUCCCUAACAUGUCUCAACCCCACACCGUAUGCAGCACAAAAAUAAAAAAUUGGAAUGACUCGCCAACCACAGUUCUCCCGGUGAUUCAGAAACUCUUGCGUGCCGGUUUACGCAUUUGGAUAUACAGUGGAGAUACUGAUGGUAGAGUUCCACUGAUAUCAACGAGAUACAGUUUGCGAGAGUUGAAUCUGAAUGUGACGGAAAAGUGGAGAGUUUGGUUUGAAGAAAGAGAAGUGGCGGGGUGGGUGGAGGAGUACGAGGGUGGUCUCACUUUUGCCUCCGUCAGAGGUGCUGGCCACCAGGUUCCAGUUUAUAAACCACAGCAAGCUCUUUCUCUUUUCUCCCACUUUCUAUCUGCACAACCACUUCCGUCCUCUCGCUUCUGAUUCAUUCCAUUAAGUUGUUUCCACUAUGUUUCUGCAUUUUUAAAUCUCGUUUGGGACAAGCAAGUUAGAUGAUUAAAGAGGUGGUGAGGACUCGACUUAAUAUAUUCUCGUAAUUGAACAA